AUGGCGCCCAAGAAGAACAAUGACAUCAAGGCCAUGAAGAGGGUCCAGGACGCCAAGAAGAAGGCGGUCGAGGACAAGACAUUUGGUUUGAAGAACAAGAACAAGUCGAAGAAGGUGCAGACGUUCGUGGAGGGUCUCCAGAAGAGCGUGGUGAACAAGGACCUGGCCAAGGAGGAGGCCAAGCGGAAGGCCGCGCAGGAGGCGAAGAAGGCCAAGCAGCAGAUGGAGCUGGAGAUGCAGAAGAUGAUGGCGAACGUGAUCGUGCAGCCGAAGCUCCCGCCCGGGACGGACCCCAAGUCGGUGCUGUGCGAGUUCUUCAAACACGGCAAGUGCCGCAAGGGCGACAAGUGCAAGUUCUCGCACGACAUGGGCGUGCAGCGCAAGGGCGCCAAGGCGAAUAUUUACGAGGACGAGAAGCAGGAGGAGAAGGAGGAGGGCAUGGACGACUGGGACCAGGAGACGCUCGAGGCGGCGGUGAAGCAGAAGCACGGCGCGGAGAACGGGCGCCCGAACAAGACGAAGAUCAUCUGCAAGUACUUCCUCGACGCCGUGGAGAAGCGGCAGUACGGCUGGUUCUGGAAGUGCCCCAACGGCCCCGAGUGCAUCUACCGCCACGCGCUGCCGCCGGGCUACGUCCUGAAGAGCCAGAUGAAGGCGAUGCUGGAGGAGGAGGCGGCGAACGCGCCGGACGUGACGGAGGUGAUGGAGGAGGAGCGGCGGAAGGUGAACGCGACGACGAAGAUCACGGAGGAGGUCUUCCGGCAGUGGCACGCCAGGAAGUGGGAGGAGAAGCGCCGGCAGUGGGCCGAGGAGAAGCAGGCGCGCGUCAAGGCCGGGCGGCUCACGGGGCGCGAGAUCUACGAGUCCGAGGGCUUCGAGGCGCGCGACGAGGACGGCGCAACGGACGAGUACGAGCGCGAGGGCAAGGACACCGAGGCGCAGGAGGAGAAGGCGAUGGAGCGGGCGGCGCGGCGGGCGCGGCGGGCGGCGCGGGCGGCGGCCGGCGAGGAGGUGUCGGAGUCGGAGGGCGAGGACGAGGCGGGCGCGGGCGGGGCGGGCGCGGGCGGGGGCGGGGGCGUGGAGACGACGCUGGAUCUGGAGGGCGGCGACGCGGAGGAGUUGUUCGGCGGCGACGACGACGACGACGAGGAGGACAUGCUGGACGAGCUCGAGGAGGAGCUCGAGGCCAAGGCGGCGGUGUGA